AUGGAGCCUAAAGUAAAUGUGAUGAUUGUGUGCUUUUUCUCUACAUUUCGAUACUCAGAUUCUGUGACGGACUGUUGCCAUAUUACCAGAAUGGAGUGGGAGAGCCAUGUCUUCUGUUCAGGAUGUCUGCUGAAAGACGUACCUCAGGACCUGCCAAUCACCACGACUGUACUCAAUCUUAAAAACAACAAUAUUGAAAAGUUGGACAACAAUUCAAUUACCCAUCUAUCCAACCUCGAAACUCUAGUACUCGCCAACAAUGGAAUGCAUAGUAUUUCACCUGGAGCAUUUGCCACUAUCGAGAACCUUGAAUAUCUAGAUCUAUCUGAGAACUAUUUCGAGCCUUCAUCAUUUGAUUCUUCAGUUUUCAAGCAUCUUCAUAAACUUACAGUUCUCUACUUGCAUAGUAAUAUGUUUCAUUUAAAAGGUACAUAUCCUGAAAAUGCGAUAUCUAGUAUCAAAUCUCUCAACACUUUAAGCAUAGAUAUAUUUGAGGGAUUUGUAUUUGGAAUGGGAUUUCUUAAUUUAACCAAACUGAAAAAUUUACAUGUCAAUAACAAAGAAGGAAAACGGGUGUCAAUUCGAAACACUUCAUUCGAAGGACUUAAGAUGUCUAACAUUUCACAUCUCCAAUUACAUUUUGAAAUGAAGAAGAUUGAGGCCGGAUCUUUAUCACCAUUUCACAGACUUGUAUCGCUUGAACUGGAUUCCAAAAGAACCGUGUCUAUUCAUGAGGUUUUGUUGGCUCUCGAAGGUCUACGAGAACGAAAAAUGGAAUCAAUUAAGCUCACGUCAAAUCAUUACCGCUAUACUGUAAAUGGGUUCCUGGAGAAAUCAGAUAUAGUUUUUCUAGGAACAAUUUGUGUGAGGAAAUUAAACCUAGCCCACAACUUAAUUUCAGGAAUAACAAUGGAAGCAGUGUUAGCUUGGAAAAGUAGGAGUUGUCUGGAAGUUUUGAAUAUUUCAACCAAUGCCAUUAUAUCAGGGCAACUGCUCACUCUUCUAGUGUUGUUUCCGUCUAUAACUCAUGUGUAUGCUUCGUACGAAGCCAGUUCUAUUUCAAGGAAACGUCGCCAAUUAAUGCAUAGAGAGCAGACCUUUUUUAUCCCUAGCAGUUUGCUGCAUUUAGAAUUGUCUCAUAAUCCUUUCGGGGGUGAUAUUGGAAAUAUUUGGGUUUCGAAAAGCAACAAUUUGAAUGUGUUAGACAUCAGUUAUCCUUUUGCUGGGUUCAAAUGUUCAGAAGGACGUAUCAAAGGUCUUGUUAACUUAACUGAAUUUUAUGUAUCUGGUAUCGAGUGCUCACAUCCAAAUGACCAGAUGUUUGCUGAUAUGCGAAACUUAUCACGUCUUGAGGCUAAAGAAUGUAAUCUCGGAAAAAGACUAAGGUCGAAUAAGACAUCAUUAUUCAAAGGAUUGUACAAUCUUUCAUUUAUUGAUCUGACUUUAAACGAUAUUACGUCCUUCAACUCAAAUACGUUUAUAGAUCAAUCGUAUUCGUUGGAAACUCUAGUUCUAAAUGGAAAUGAUUUGGAUCAUCUCCCUCUAGAAAGUCUGAAGAAUCUGAAUGCAUUAAAAACUCUUGAUGUGCGCAACAAUCAUAUAUCUACCUUAUCAGAAAGAGAACGUUCAUUCCUUGAUACAUACGUAUCUAAAUCAGAAAAUUUUAUAAUCGAACUAGCAGAUAAUCCUUUAGUCUGCAGUUGUGACAAUUUAGAGUUUCUUGUCUGGUUUCACAAAACCAAGUUGGUUCACAACAGGAAAAGCAUUUCAUGCAGCACAAAUGAAGGAGAUAAAAUCAGGAUAUCGGAGUUCCUUGAAUCUGUUGACGAAUUCCGGGACAGUUGUGUCGCUCAGUUCUGGUUAUUAAUCUCCGUUUCUCUUGCCUUGCUUGGUAUCUUGGUUGCUUUUCUCUCUCGAGUGGCCUGGAAGCAAAGCGUAUUGUUACGAACGUGGUGUCGAGAACCUUUAGUCCAUAAAACAUGUGACUAUGACAUGUACAUAUGCUACGGUAACGAAGAUGCUAGGUGGGUAAGAAAACUCCUAGUGCCAUGGUUAGAGAAGAAAGGAAUUACAUUUUGCUGUGAUGAUAAGGAUUUUGACCUUUGCCUAGACCUCGCCGACAACAUAAUGAAUGCAAUAGAUAAUUCACGUCAAACUGUUUUUGUUGUCAGCUACAAGUUUUUAGAACAUAAAUGGCCAAUGUUUGCAAUGGGAAUAGCUAGCUAUUAUUCAUUCCGGAAGGGGCAUGAAGAUAUGAAUAUUAUUAUUCGGUUGGACGACAUCAAGCGUAGCGAGUUUCCAAUACUCAUUCGCAAGAACUGGGACGUCAUAUGUCCUUUAAAAUGGCCAAAUGAAAAUAACACAUAUCGACAGCAAGUUAUCAAUGCUAAAAAAAUAUUUUGGAAGCAGUUGCUAAAACGCUUCAAAUUGGGUAACGCUUCACAAACGUCUGUAUGCGAGACGAAUGUGUCAAAACCGUGA